CCCUCCAAAAAAUAAAAACCUACUAUAUACAACAUCAUAUUAAGCCAAAUGGCUAUGGCCUAAACCAGAGAUAUUAAAACAACAAUAAUUAAUGGGCCAAGUAUAUAAAUACAAUAACGAGCCUAAUAAACUAGUAUUUCCUGAUUUUCAAUAUUAUUAUGAAAAUAUGAAACAAGAAGGAAAAUCCAAAAAAAAAAAAAAAAAAAAAAAAAAAACCUGGCUUGAAUCCCAAACCCAAAAUGGCGUCACUGUAGGCUCCCACCCUUAAAAAGAAAAAAGAGUGGUUUUACUGGUUAUACAAAUUGUUUUGAAAAUGAAGAUACAGACGAGCCGAGUAAAGACCAGGUCUCUUCUCCUCUUCAUGCUUCGUCAUGCAGAGCGCCAAAGCCGGCAAACCAAAUCAACUUUAUAGUACCCAACAGCCAAUCGAGCACCCUGCUUCUACUUCUCAAACUAGUAAAACUACUUGCACAACUCCCAAGUUCAUUUACUUUCUCUGUAUUUUGGCUCAAAACAAAACGAGUUCAUUUUUCUCUCUCAAACUAAACCAUGUUUCUCCAUGCACCCAUCUUCAUCUGCAUGGUUUUUACAAUCUCCUUCUCUCUCCAUACUUCACUGUCUCAGUCCCCACUGCCACCGGCUCCACCACUGGCUUCAAACACAUGCAAUAGCGUGUUCUUGUCAUACGUCCACACCAGAGGCUACUCCAUCCCGCCGACCGACCCUGCUAACCAAGCUUACAGGUUUGAAUCGACCUUGACCAUCCUCAAUAACGGCCGUGAUGAGCUAAAGUCAUGGCAGGUCUUCGUGGGAUUUCAGUACAAUGAGUUGUUGGUCUCCUUGAGCAACGCUGUCUUGGCUGAUGGGUCUUAUCUCCCCGCUGAAGUUGGGAAUGGCACUGUUUUGGCAGGGUUCCCGGUAACUGACCUCAAGUCCGCCAUUGAAACGGCGGGAGAUUUGUCCAACAUGCAGGUUCAGGUCGGAUUGGUGGGUACUGAGUACGGAGUUGGAGAUCCGGAUGUUCCUUUACCGGCAACUAUGACUCUUGCUGAUGAUGGGUAUUCCUGCUCUGAGCCAACAAAACAAGGGGACAAAGAGAUACAUGUCUGCUGCACUAGAAAUUUAGUGUCUCCAUCGGACAACAAGGAAGAAGAUGAAAUCUUGCCCCGUCAAGAAGGUGACCUUACAAUAAUGUAUGAUGUGAUCAGCUCAUAUGACACCAAUUACUGGGCACAAGUCUCAAUCUCGAACCAUAAUCCUCUGGGUCACUUUGUUAAUUGGAAGUUAAGUUGGGAAUGGAUGAGACAUGAAUUCAUCUACGCCAUUAAAGGAGCUUAUCCCUCUGGGCUUGAUACGAGAGAAUGCCUAUUUGGUACCCAAGGACAGUACUACAAGGACAUGGACUUCUCAGAAGUAUUGAACUGUGAAAAAAGGCCAACAAUUAUUGACUUACCUCCAACAAGAGCAAAUGAUUCUGUUCUAGGGAGGAUUCCUUUCUGCUGUCGAAAUGGGACAAUUUUGUCACCUAACAUGGAUCCAAGCAGGUCACUUUCAGUUUUCCAGAUGCAAGUGUUCAAAAUGCCACCAGACUUGAACAGGACUAAGCUACUUCCACCACAGAACUGGAGGAUUGAUGGCUCUUUUGGUUCAGGGUAUCAGUGUGGAUCUCCAGUGAGAGUAGGUUCUAGCCAAUUUCCAGAUCCAAGAGGAUUACCUUCAGAAUCUGCUGCAGUUGCAAGUUGGCAAGUGGUCUGCAACAUAACACAGUCCAAGAAGGCAAGCCCCAGAUGCUGUGUGUCCUUCUCAGCCUUCUUCAAUGAUUCUGUUCUCCCUUGCAGCACUUGUGCCUGUGGCUGCAACAACAAUCCAAGCCAAACCUGCAAUGCCGAUGCACCAGCUCUUCUUUUAGAACCAAAGACUCUUCUUAUCCCAUUUGAAAACCGGACUCAAGAGGCUCUGGAAUGGGCUAGGAUGAAAAAUCGUCCUGUUCCUAAUCCAUUGCCUUGUGGGGAUAAUUGUGGAGUUAGCAUAAACUGGAACUUAUAUUCAGAUUACAGAGAUGGCUGGACAGCGAGGAUCACCCUUUUCAACUGGGGUGAAACUGAGUUUGCUGAUUGGUUUGUUGCCGUGGAACUGGACAAAGCAGGACCAGGUUUUCAAGCAGCAUAUUCCUUCAAUUCCAGUUUGCUUCCUGAUUCCAAUAAUACAAUAUUCAUGCAAGGUCUCCGGGAUUUCAAUUAUCUUCUGCCAGAAAAGAAUGGCACCAACCCAAAGAAAGAUCCUCGGGUACCCGGUACACAACAAUCAGUAAUUUCCUUCACAAAGAAGAAAACCCCUAAUAUUAAUGUUGCAGGGGGCGAUGGCUACCCAACAAAAGUGUUCUUCAAUGGUGAAGAGUGUGCACUUCCUGCAAUACUUCCAACAAACAGUGCUUGCAAGAUGAAUGCAGUUACCAGCAUCUUCAUCGUGCUAGUUGUUCUACUUUUCUGGUUAGUGCAGUGGUAGCAGUAAGAGAGGCAGUCCAAUGACUUCAAAUUAUUCUUU